CAGGCUACUGUCAAGAGUGUUUUUUCGUUGUUGUAUUUCGCUUUCGGCUGAGACAAUUCUGCACCUUUCCGGCGUAAAAUAAUGACGCUUCUAAGCCGUUCCCCUCAGAUUGUACUAUUAUUUGCUGGAUUUGUUAAUUUAUGCCAUGGUUCACUUCAUUUUCUGCGUGGAAGGCCGCGUGGAGGAAUGCUUCCUGCUCCUUCUGCUGAUGCCAUUCACGUCAAAGAUCUUUCCCAAGAUCAGUGGUUCACACAGAGGCUUGAUCAUUUUGAUGAUUUCAACACCAAAACAUGGCAGCAAAGAUACUUUUAUAAUGACAAAUUUUUCAGAAAGCCAGACGGGCCUGUUUUUCUCUCCAUCGGUGGCGAAGGUGAAGCCAACCCGAUAUGGUUGAAAGUUGGUGACAUGAUGAAAAAUGCACAAGUGUUUGGUGCUUUCACUUUCCUCCUAGAACACCGCUUCUAUGGCAAAAGUCAUCCAACUAGGUAUUUUAAAUUGAGUUAAAUGUCUGUAACUACCAGGACAAACCCCGCUUUAUGGACACCCACAAAAUACAGAAGAUAGCAAAGGGUUUAUGCGUGACGCGUAAUAAGGCUCAAAUUUAGCGCGUGACCCGUGACCAGUUAUGCAUGUGAAGCGUGAUUUGUCUUCUAAGAUGUGCAGGACUCGUGAAUUAUUUGUCACAUUUCGUGAAAAUCAACGGUAAAGGAAAGAUAGAUUUAACAGCGCCGUUGGUUUAGGCCCAGUUGUUCGAAGGUCGAUUACUGCUUAACCCGGGGUUAAGUUUAACCCCGGUUUCUUUAUCUUGUAUUCAAAAGCAUUUUCUUGGAUAAUUUUCUCUGUUAUUUUUAGAGCUUCCAAUCAUCAACUUGUAGACGAAAAGAAUUCAAACUGAAAUGCUUUUUAAGUUUCAAAUCUGAUUUCUAAUCUCGCACUAACCCUGGGUUAUCUUAACCGAGCUUUGAACAACUCGGCCCAGGUUAAUAAUUAUUAUUACCUUAAGACUAGCCCUAAAAACCGUAUGUUACCAGUGAUUUUUGGGAUCAAUUUGUCCACUACAUCAAUUCUCGUGUUGCUUUGUUGCCACGAAGGCUACCGUCGCGAGGGUAAAAAGAAAUCACAUUAGGGGUGUUGUUGAAUUUGAAUGUAAGAUGCCUGGAAACACGAAUUUCCCACAUUCAAUUCGUGGCUGCUCGUUGAUCGCCCCACUGACAUUCUAAUGAAAAGAGAAGUGGGGACACCCCGUUAAUAUAGACACUUAUUGUGGCCCCCUCGGUGUCUGUGUUAUUAGGGUCUGACUGUGUACCUUUUAAAGCUGUCACCUGAGAAAAAAAUUGAGGUGUACUACUUAAUGUUGCUGUACUUUUUGUGGUCAAGAAAUGGAUCCCGGAGGGUGACUCUUAUACUGAAGUGAGGGUGGGAUGCUCAUCUUCUUGCUUAAGGGUAGAAAUUGCAGAUUGUAGUCUCUCUGAGGGUGUUAAGGAUGGAAAGACAAACAUGUUUUUACCCCAAAAGUUAUAGCUGAGGGUCCUGUCUAUCUAUCUAUCUAUUUUGGUGCACCCGCACUGAUUUUAUAGGUCUGUCCCAUUUCUGUCUGUUGGCCAUGAUAGGUGCAAGAUCCUGUCUCGAAAGACCGCUGUCACGUCUCUCUAGUUGGUCAAUAAAUGUUGUUGCUUGGCACCCCCUUGAGUGUCUGCCGUGUUUUAGAUCCCAAAAUAGGGCUGUGUAUAAGGUAAAGAAAUACAGUGGAACCUUCACAUGCAACCCCCUCUUGUGCGACCACCUAUCCAAAAGACCAAAAUUUUCCCAGUCAAAGCCAAGCAAGCAAGUAAGCUUGCGAAUUAAGUUACUUUCCCAGGAAGAAAAUCUACUCAUCCCAGACCAACAGAUAGGACUUUUUUUAGACUUUUGAUUUAAACCACCAUGUCCUCCUGUGUUUUGUUUAGUGAUAUGAGUGAUGCAAGCCUCAGGUAUCUUAACAGUGAACAAGCUCUUGCUGACCUGGCAGCCUUCCGUAAUGCCAUGACUAAGAAGUUUAACUUGACAUCUAGCAAGUGGAUUUCCUUUGGUGGAUCCUAUCCUGGGUCUCUUUCUGCUUGGUUUAGACUGAAAUAUCCUCAUUUAGUGAAUGGUUUGUAUCAAGUUAUUAGCCCUUUUAUUCCCAAUAGUGUCAAAUGUAAAUAUUCAAGAGAAACUAUCAGUUCUGCUGUUUUAUUAGGCGGUAAAUAAAAAAAAAAACCAUUGAAUUCACGGAAAGCCUUGCAAAAGUUCUGCUAUUUUUCAUUUGAAUGGUCACAUCAUUGAGUUUUGUCCACAGACUCAGGAGGCCCUCUUAGAAUGGGUCAUAGUUAAUUUUUUUUAUCUCAGCCAAUAUUUCUUUUUCUUUAAUUUUGUUUCUGGGUAUGUUAAUGUAUGCUAAUGCAUUUGAAACAAAAGAAAAAUAAAAAAUUACCCAAGAUAAAAAAUUAACUACAACAGGUACCCAUGCUCUUAGGCUGGAUUUCAAAACCUGUUGUUUCAUAAACUGAGGAGGAAGUAAUAUCCCUGUCGGCAUUUCAUUAAUUCUUUUUGCACUUGUCUUCAUCGCUGUCACAGUUUCAACCCAUAUUUAUGUCCUUUGUCACCAUCUCAUUAUUUGUCUUAUGUCACUGUUUCAAGGCCAUCUUGCCUGUUCUGUCAGAAUUUUACCCCAACAAAGCCUCACCCAGGCAAGGUAACAGUUGAGGAGGGGAAAUUGUAUAUGACAGGGAGGUAUCCUGGAGGACAAUUUUGUCUGUAGUCGCAUUCAGUUUUGAUGCUAGUUCUUUCAGGUAACAAUUUUUAAUCAUUUACAGGUGCUGUUGCUUCCAGUGCUCCUGUUUUUGCCAAGCUUGACUUCACUAAAUACAUGGAGGUUGUAACAGCAUCCCUUGGUACAACAGGACAAGACUGUGUUAAAAAUGUGGCCAAUGCUACUGAGAAACUCAAAUCAUUGCUGUCCUCUGAGCAGGGCGCAAAACAGUUGACAGAGCUGUUCUCGUGAGUAUUUUUACACCCCAAGGUUUCAUCUCCAUCAUCACUUCUUGUCGUGCCAGUAGGUGUAUAAGGUCAUCACGCUUUCUGACCAACACUUUCUGUCCCAUUCCACCACUUUGGCUACUUCCCAGCUCUCCCCAGCCUUGUUUCUCUUUCUCUCAACAGUCCUUCUCCAAGUAGUCUUUGAACUUUGUCUCACCCUUUGACCUUCUGGUGUCCAGCCUAAUGCUGAAAAACAGUUGUUGUUCACACGCUCUCUCCUGAGAAUGUGAACCAACCAGUUCCGUCUUUGUCAUACCUUGCAGCUUGUGUCAUUGAUAUCUGCCAUCACAUCCACUCUCUUGUUUUCUUAUUCUUCUCCCAGUGUUGCACUUCAUCAUCUCUUACAUACACUGCUUCACCACUCUGCAGUGUUACUGAUCCCAUUCCUUUCCACCUGUCCCUACUCAUCCCUAGCCCUUCAAUUCCAUAUUCUAUCAUUUUCUUGGCUACUUGUCCCGCCUGUGGUACCUCCACCAUGGCACCCAUGUUCCAACAACCAAUAGUUGUCUGUCACAAGGGGGCUACUAUUGGGCUUAUCAGCCUUUAAGCUUCGCACUGGAUUUGUCUGAAAAGCGUCAUUACACCCCCAACAGUGACACCCCCAGUUAGUGUUGUCUGAUUAUCAAUGCUUCUACUUUCUGUAACUGUUUGUCUUUUUUUAUUAGGCCGGGUUGCUAGCCCUACACCCAAAUUCCAGCCUGGAGGACCAUGGGGUCACUCUUUGUCUGGUCUCUACCCUUUAAACUUUUUGGCAUGGGUGGCCCUACCAGGAGUACAAGACUCCUGCUGACAUAGCUCUAGGGGUCAUUAAGACAUACAGACUGUCCCACCAUGUUAAGUCGGUGACCCCAUUUGCAUUUCAAUGUUUUUUCCAUCUGACCACCUUUGCCAUACUAACCCCAACACGUAGUUUUAACUCAUACUUUUAUAUCUCAUGUUAAAUUAACAUACUUAUAAGUUUCUACUUGGUGUGGUUAAGUGCUUUGACCCUGAGGGACACCUCGACUGCCAGAGAGACAACACACCCAGUCUAGGUGGCCAUAACAUCCACUCUCUAUCCUUGCAUGCACCACUACCUUAAGCAAAUAUGUUUUAAGUAUGUUGUAAUAGCGGAGCUCCACACACGCACAAAGCAUGCGCGAGCGGAGCCCCAUACCUAAGAAAAUUUGGUAAUCUAUCCAUCCCAGAAAUUUUGAUAAUCACGUGACCAUACGUCCGUUUGUCCGCUUAUCCGCUGAAAAGUGAUUUAUCCGGUGGAUAAACAACCAGGCCAGGUGUACACAGAGUCAGGGUUUCAAACAUCCAGCAGCACAUCUAUACCCAAACGUCGGUCAAGUACCUCCCUCCCACGCCUUUACCAGCUAAAUUAACCCUUCCGUAGUGUAGCGAACUUAUGAAUAAAGCAUUAACUAUGAUCGAUGUUCUUAUGACCUCAGCCUUUGUGAACCACUUGAUAAAGACAAUGGUGAUGAUGUAGCUACAUUUGCACAUGACUUAUCUGGGAACUUUGCUGUUGUUGUUCAAUACAACAAAGAUAACAUCGCGGUAAGUGUGAUGAAAUUUACAAAGACAACAACUCUUAUGCACCGAUCAAUUCGAAACUUCAACAUCCUCCAGGCGGGUGGGUAAACCCCAGGCAUUUGACCAUCAAUAAGUACACGUAGCCAAUAAAACCCUGAAUUUUGGACGUCGGAAACCCAGGAUGGUGGGAUUUUAAGGAAACUAAAAAUAGUGCUCUUGUUGUCGUUGUUGUUGUUGUUGUUGUGGUACAUGUUGUCAUUGUUGUUGUAUUUUAUUUUUCAAAGGGUGCAGUAGGAACAAAAAUAACAAUCGAUACUUUGUGCAGUAUCAUGAAUAACGAAGACAUUGGAGAUCCGUUGGCUCGUUAUGCUAAAAUCAACUCGCUGUUACUUCAAACAUAUGGACUCAAGUGUCUUGAUUCGAGCUACAAGAACAUGAUAACAAGUUUACAAAAGACGUCUUGGACCAGCAGUGCUUCUGAAGGAGGUAAAGGAGAAAAUAAUUAAUUAUUAAAUUGACAAACAGAAAACAUUGAUUUGAUUGAUUUUUUUGUUUUCUUUUUUCCCCCAGGUCGACAGUGGAUGUAUCAAACAUGCACAGAGUUUGGGUUUUAUCACACCUCAGAUUCUGCUAAUCAGCCAUUUGGAAAGUUGUUCCCUUUAAAGUACGUAGUCAGCAAAACAAAGCCAGAGGCUUUCAUAACAAAAUUAUUUUUUUUUAUUUUUUUAUGUUUUAUUUUAUUUUUUAUUUUUUUUUAUAUUAUAUUUUAUAUUUUUUUAUAACAAAAUUAUUGAUUAAUUAACUUUUUAAAAAAACUGGGAUGAGUGUUUCUGGAUUUUUUUUCCAAAGGUGCUUUGCUGUCAUCCUACAACCCAGGUCAAAACAUCCUGGGACUCUUGAGGAAAUAGGCGUUUUAAGACGCACUUUGCUAAAUCAACCCAUAUUCUACCCCUUGAAAAAGCUUGGGGAUGUUGUUAUGUGAGCCUGUUUCUACUGUUUCCCCCCCAAGCAAGCAGUGUUGAUUGUGUUGAAAGAAACUUGAAUGUAUAACGUCAACACUACGCCGGGGGCGGAGGGGGGAGGGAAAAUGCCUUAUUUUGACGAGCUGUUGCGUUAGUCGCGAAAGGGUUUUGACCAGGGUUGUAGUUCCAGUUCAUUUGCGCAAUUUUCUCACGAAACUCGACCAGAAAACCAUUUAAGUGCGAACUCGUGACGGAUUUUGUUUGUUUUCUUGUUCUAUAGAAACUGAAACGGAUAAGUAUAACACAGGGUUCGAACUUAAUAUUUUAGUCCACCAGAAAAGCUUUGCAGGCAAGAAUUAGUAGCAAAAUAAAAGUAUAAAAAUUUAUUGAGUUCGAGCUAAAAUGCGGCUCGAAAAACUUGAAGUCAUUCUCCGCGCUUAAACAAUGGAGUACAAACUUGCAGUUAAAAUGUGCAGCAAAAUUUCAUCUUCCUUUUGAAAUUGUUAUUUGAAAAAUGCUGACUCAUAAAUUCUUGCCAGAGGAUAUUCUUUUGACUCGCAAAUUCUAAAAACCAGUCGCUUUUAGCGAGUUUGGGUUCAUCCUCGGUGUAAAAACCUGUGAAGUUCUUCUUUGUUUUCUAGCUAUUAUUUUCCUUGCCUCUAUAGUGUUGACUUCUUAGUGGCUUCUUUGUAUUAAUUGUUUUAUGUCACUCGUGAGUUUCACAGGUUUUUAAACCGAAGAUGAUUCCGAGUCUGCGAGUUUUAAGUUUGAGCCAUGACGCAUUAACUUGAAUAAGUUUCGACUUAUCCGAAUUCGCAAGAGUGAGCCUGCUCGCCGGCUAGUUUCGAGUUUAAAAUGUGCCUGCUCCGUUUCCACACUAGGGACUUUGUGAUCCGACGACUCGAUGGCCGCGAAAACUUCGCUUAAAAAAGUGAAUUUACGUUCUUCCAGUCUCGUCGCGAUUAUUCCCACCCAUUUACUUUACCAAAAGUAGGCGAAACCCUCGCGCUGAAGUUGAAUGCCAAGGAUCCCUACCUAAGUGCCGAAAGAGAAAUAAGAUUUUGUCGUCACUUGUUUACGUCCUCUAUAAAAUGCAAAAUUAUGCAAUUUCACGUCGAAAUCGUGCGAAAACAGCACAGAAAUAUACAAAAAAGUGUAAUGCACUUCCAAAGUUGCCGUUUUCCUUCUAAACCGAUUGUUGUUGUUGUUUUUUUUUUUUGACGUUCUCGUUGCCAUCGCGUCGUCUCAUCGUUAAGUCCCUGCCUGUACGGAAAGCUCGUCACAGAUGAAAAACCCGUUUUGGUUGGAAUUCUGGUCUCUGGUGUGACUUCAGCCAUUUACUUGAUAUAUUCUUGCAGUGGGCUUUGUUCUGUGUCCCGUGAAAAUCUAGCUACCUUUGAAAAAGACUAAUGCUUUGUUUUAAAUUUCAUCAUAGCUUUUCUAUUCAACAAUGUAUGGAUAUCUUUGGACCUCAGUUUAAUGCAGCGAACAUUCAACGCGGCAUUGAUCAAACAAACACCAACUAUGGAGGAUACGGAAUAGCUUCAAGCAAGGUGAUUCAUGUUAAGAUUUAACUUACUCCUAGAUCAAGUAAUGGUGAGAUUAUUUGUGAAGACUUUGAUGUUACUAUUCAAGUGAAACGUCUUUAACAGUUCUUUCACUUGGUGCUAUCUAUUUAGUAUGUAGUUCUAACUUUUGAGACUGUGAAUGAAAUCCUAUGUUGUUACCAUUCAAAUGAAACCUCUUCAGCAGUACUUUCACGUGUUACUAUUUAUUUAGUAUGUAGUUCUAACUUUUGUGUCUGUGGAUGAAACCCUAUGAUGUUACCAUUCAAAUGAAACCUCUUCAGCAGUACUUUCACAUGCUAAUAUUUAUUUAGUCUGUAGUUCUAACAUUUGAGUCUGUAGAUGAAAUCCUAUGGUGUUACCAUUUGAAUGAAACCUCUUCAGCAGUACUUUCACGUGGUACUAUUUGUUAUUUGGGCGUCGCCCAAAUAGAGUAAUCGAGAUGGCUUGUUUUGAUUCAAAGUUGCAAUAGGCAACAAUACGUGCGAACUUAAAAAAGCCAAGUAAACAAGCCAAACGACGCGAAUGUCUACUAAGCGAUGUGUCACGACACAGCAUUUAUCCUCGUUACGUACGUCCCACAGAUAACGCACGGCAAACAAAUUUGCAAUAGAAAACAAAAGUAUUGAAAAAACAAGGUAGACUCACUGAAACAAACUAUUAAAGAAUUUAAAUUUUUCCUUUGGAAAAUAAUUGUCCUCGCAGCACACGGCGUGAACGUUUUUUUUCUCGUACCAUAGGUACCGGUCAUUGCCCUUUUUCACUGUGCAGACUAUUCAUUGCCAGUAAAGACGUCUCGGCUCAUGUAAUCAGGCCCUUAGUUUUAUUGCCAGAUUUUACGUCCUCCCCCUUGACCUUACCGAUUUUUCAAAGUCCCCCAAACAUACACACAAAUUUUCAGCCCCCUCCCCUCAAAAUCAUACCCACUUCUCUAUAUUAAAUGAAUUUUUAUUAUCCACGUUCUCCCCAUACAAAUAUUAUCAAAAAUAAUUGAAAAACAAUCCUAAACAGAAGGCCUAACAACGUUCAAAAAUACAAGUGUGUUUUCGACUAUUGAUAAGAUCUUUUACAACCACCACUUCAUUUCAACAGAGUAUAACUACACUAUCCCUUCAUAACCAAAUCAGCACUCCCCCAACUACCUCACUGCGACACCCCAAAUCACUUUUACCUUUAAAAAAUCAUUUUUUGUUACUUCAUAUUAAAUUCUAGGAGAAACCAGUUUUGCUGAUUAACAAACUACAGCCAUUAUCUUACCAAAUCCACUUGCAAUAUAACUCCACUCCUUCCACUUCACACAUCUCAACCAACCCCUAAAAUAUACAACGCUACUGCACUACUCACACCCACCCACCCAACAACACUGCUUGAUGUUUUGCGAUGGGUACAAUGUAUUGCGACAGGAUUUAUGUAGAUUGGUAUUUCAUGUAAGUAUGUUGCUUUUGUAAAUCUUAAUGUCCAUGACAGAACAAAAUAUUUAUUAACGGCAGCCAAUAAUAAUAGUUGUAAAAUUAUAGCCAGAUGUAUUAAUCUUCAAAAAUGUAGAAAAAAAGAAAAGGAUUAAUGAAAAUGUAAUGCUCCAUGUACCAUUACUUAGACUUUAUUGUUACUUUAAUGUAAAAGACCUUUAUUGUAAACAGACCGAUACGUCCUUAUGGAGAGUAAGGCACAAUAAAGAUACUGUUUUUGUUACCCAACCAAUCACUCACCCACCCACCCACUCUUAGUCAUCUCACUCACCCAACUACCCACUCAUCUACCUAGUCACCGUCACAAACCACUCCGUCGCCCCUCCCCCGUUACAAACCCACUUACUCACCCAUUCUGAAUGUCACUGGGUGAGGCUCGCCAUCACCCACUGAUUAACGUACACUCCCCCACUUACCUACAUCUCAGCUUAACCAAAUAAGUUAUCGUUGGCAUUUACCUGGGCUAACUGGACAAUUUUAAAAUCUCUAAUUAUGAUAAGUUUAUUACGUGGUUUGCCUUAUCGUAAUCGGUCACAGGGACUUUGUUUUACGACUCUUACUGUAAAGCAUUUGUUGCAGAUCGUAUUUCCAAAUGGUUCUAUCGAUCCAUGGCAUGCACUUGGAAUAGUGAAGAAUGUGUCUUCCACAGAACAAGCGAUCUUCAUUGAAGGU